AAAGGGGGAGGAAGAAGGGUCACAUGGCAACCCCCGUGCUGCUGGUUGCACCAUGCGGUUGGUGGACAGUUAAGUGCUGAAAGAAAGCAAUAAAUGAAGUGACAUUUGUAGCUAUAACUAGAGUUAUACUUUCUAUAUUUUGCAGUGGCGGCAUCAAAUAAUUAAAGAUUGAGUGUGUUUGAGUAUAGAAAUUUGAACUAUGGUGGUGAAGGUGUAUGGUGAUGUAAGGGCAGCAUGCCCUCAAAGAGUGAUGCUGUGCCUCUUGGAGAAAGGAGUAGACUUUGAACUUGUGCCUAUUGAUCUUCAACAGGGACAACAUAAGACACCUCAAUUCCUUCUCCUACAGCCCUUUGGUCAAGUUCCAGUUGUGGAAGACGGUGAUUUCAGGCUCUUUGAAUCAAGAGCUAUUAUAAGGUACUACGCAACAAAAUAUGCAGAUCGUGGUAGUGAGCUAAUGGGUAAAACCUUAGAGGAAAGGGCUUUGGUGGAGCAGUGGCUAGAAGUAGAAGCACACAACUUUAAUAAUUUAUGCUUCACUAUAAUGUUUCAGCGUGUGAUCCUACCAAGGAUGGGUAAGGUUGGGAACUUGGCCUUGGCAGACAUAAGUGAGAAAGAUUUAGUGAAGGUCCUUGAUGUGUAUGAAAGUAGGCUCUCUCAAAGCUCAUACCUUGCAGGAGAUUUUUUCUCUUUGGCUGAUCUCAGCCACCUUCCAGGGCUUGGACAUCUUAUUGAGGAAGCCAAACUUGGCCACUUGGUAACUGAGAGGAAGAAUGUCUAUGCAUGGUGGCAGAAAAUUUCAAACAGGCCAGCUUGGAAGAAGUUAAAAGAUCUGGCUCACUGAUUUAAACAGCAGUUAGUUUAUUAUAUAACUUACGACUAUCUCAUUACCAUCAAUUUUUACUUGGCACUUUAUUAUACAAAUAAUGUGUUGUAAAAAUUCUUGAGAGAAUAAGUUCGUCAUUAGUAAGUUUGUCUUAUCAUGAAAGAUUGAUUCUGUUUAAAAAUUUCUUUUGUAACGUAAUGAAUGUUUAAAAAUUUCUUAUGA